AGGAUCACCAGGACAACGGAGGCGCGGCGACCGGGCCCCAGGGCGAGAUCCGGCGGGCGGAGCUCUGGUCGCGGUGAUCUGGGCCGUUUCGGCAUGGCUCCAAGGAGGGGAGAGACGAGGGGCGCUACGGCUUUGCUCUUGGGAGCCUCAAACGGCCACGUGGACGUGGUCCGCGAACUCUUGGCCGCCGGCUGCGCCAAGGAAAUCAAAUUAGGUGAAGGUGCUACAGCUUUGAACCUGGCAUUUCAACAUGGCCAUGUGGAAUUGGCGAAUGAGCUGUUGGCCACAAGCUCCACCAAGGACUGCUCGGGUGAUGAUGGUCCCACCUCGGCGAAAACGGGCUGGACGGCAGUGAUGACUGCAGCGCGAGACGGUCAGCGCGAAGCGCUGCACCAGCUGUUGGCUGCUGGUGCUGACAAGGACGGCCAGACAGACGAGGGCUGGACGGCUUUCAUGAUCGCGGCUUUAAAUGGCAAGUUGGAUAUAAUUCGAGAAUUGCUGGCGGCAGAUGCCAGCAAGGAGAGCCAAAGUGAUACCGGCUUGACUGUUCUGAUGAUUGCUGCCCAUGGCGGCCAUCUCGAAAUGGUGCAUGAAUUGCUGGCUGCUGGUGCCAGCCAGGACUGUCAGGACAACUUGGGUGUCACAGCUUUGAUCUGGGCUGCCCUGAGUGGUCAGUGCAAAGUGGUGCAUGCACUGCUGGCUGCUGGUGCAAAUAAGGACCACCAACAAAAGAGCGGCAACACGGCUCUAAUUUGGGCAGCAUCCAAUGGCCAUGUGGAAGUGGUGCGAGAAUUGCUGAGUGCAGGUGCAAGCAAGGACCUCAAAACCAAUGAUGGUCAAACGGCCCUUCAGCAUGCGCAGGGCCGCGGGCACCACGAGGUCAUCAAGAUCCUCGAGGCCCCUCCAGAAGAGGAACACGAAGAUGAUACUGGUCUUGAGAUGGCGCGAUUGGAACCUCAAGAAGGAGCUGAACAGGGAACUUUUUCAGCUUUGCAAGUGGAGGUCCAACUGCCUCAUUGGUUGACCUCUGAUGCAUUCUGCCAGGCGCCGCAACCAGCAUCUUCUGGGCUCGACAACGGUUCCAGCAUCAUCGAGGACCACGGAGACGAUGAUAUUGUUCCGAGCCCGCCAGGAGCUGAACAGGGAGCUUUGUCAGCUUUGCAAGUGGAGGAAGGGAAUGGCACCGCUCCGCGAGGCUCAGGAGCUCAGGGCUCAGCUUGGUCAAAUUUGCCAUUGGAGGACCAUCAAGACGAUGGCGCUGCUCCCAGACCGCGAAGACGGUCAGCAGGAGCUGAGGGAGCUUCUUCCCAUUUGCAACCUGUGGAGGCGCUUGAGUCCGCGCCGCCACUGGAGAGCAUGGCUGGCAUGAUCCCCAAGGAUGGCCGCCAAGGAAGUCCGAGGGGGCUUCAGAUCGCUGCCGCUUAUGGCCAGGAGCGACAAACUUGGCGGAACGGCUUCCUUUGUUGCCCAUGUGCUCGGUUGGACACUAAAUGACUCCAUUUCGGCAGCACUGGACACUUGCAU